UCAGAUCUGACAAGCUCCGAGGGUUUACCUGCUCCUGCUUUACCAUGAACCCGACAAGCAGCCCCGCAGCCCCGCACUGACGCUCCCAGAGAGAGGAAAGACAGAAAAAACUGCUGCAGGAGCUCCAAUCUGGGACAAACUGCGCUUAUUUUGUUGAACUUUUUCUUCUUGUCUCUUUUGGAGCCUGAGUCAGGCGCCGUUCCUGGAAUAUUUCUGCUUUGUUGUUUUGUUUUAUUUUGUUGCUUUUUUCCGAAACAAAAGGGGAAUAUUUCGGUCCAGAUCUUUCCACCGACAUGGAGUACACGUCAUCCCCGAAACCGCAGCUCUCAUCUCGGGCAAACGCUUUCUCUAUCGCCGCCCUGAUGUCCAGCGGGAAGCCCAGUAAGGACAAGGAGGCGGAGGAGAACACCAUCAAGCCUCUGGAGCAGUUCGUGGAGAAGUCGUCCUGCACCGGCCCGUCCCUGGAGCUGUCCCCCCUGGACGGAGACUUCAGCGCGGCUCCGGCCGUGUGCACGGAGCCGCUCAUCCCCACCACGCCCGGCGUGCCCAGCGAGGAGAUGGCCAAGAUCUCCUGCAGCCUGGAGACCAAAGAGCUGUGGGACAAGUUCCACGACCUGGGCACCGAGAUGAUCAUCACCAAGUCUGGAAGGAGGAUGUUUCCCACCAUCCGGGUGUCUUUCUCCGGCGUGGACCAGGACUCCAAGUACAUCGUGCUGAUGGACAUCGUCCCGGUGGAUAACAAGCGGUACCGGUACGCGUACCACCGCUCCUCCUGGCUGGUGGCCGGCAAGGCCGACCCGCCUCUGCCCGCCAGGUUGUACGUCCACCCGGACUCGCCCUUCACCGGAGAGCAGCUCAUGAAGCAAAUGGUGUCUUUUGAGAAAGUCAAGCUGACCAACAACGAACUGGACCAACACGGACAUAUCAUCUUGAACUCCAUGCACAAGUACCAGCCACGAGUGCACAUCAUUAAGAAGAAGGACCACACGGCCUCGCUGCUCAACCUGAAGUCUGAGGAGUUUCGCACCUUCGUCUUUGUUGAAACUGUUUUCACUGCAGUCACAGCGUAUCAGAACCAGCUGAUAACCAAGCUGAAGAUCGACAGCAACCCGUUCGCCAAGGGUUUCCGGGACUCCUCACGGCUGACGGACAUGGAGAGCAGGGAAAGUGUUGAGAAUCUGAUCCACAAACACUCGUAUGCCCGGUCGCCGAUCCGGACCUACGCCGGCGACGAGGAGACCCUCAGCGAGGACGGACACGUCGCUCACGCCAGAGGUUCAGCCUUCUCGGCCUCAGACAACCUCUCCCUGAGCUCCUGGGUCACCACCACCUCUGGUUUCUCCGGCUUCCAGCACCCACAGUCCCUGUCUGCGAUGGGCACCAGCGCCGCGUCCCUGCCCCACCCCAUGCAGGGCUCCCUGCCCCCGUACAGCCGGCUAGGCAUGCCGCUGACGCCCACCGCCCUGGCGGGAACCAUGCAGGCCAGCGGGCCGUCCUUCCCCUCCUUCCACAUGCCCCGCUACCACCACUACUUCCAGCAGGGGCCCUACGCCGCCAUCCAGGGACUCCGCCACUCCUCCACGGUCAUGACGCCCUUUGUAUGACUCCGUCCCGGGGAGGAUACGGCCAGAAGUUGCUUUGUCACCCACCUCUGAUACGGUGCCGCACAUUAGUUUCCCGCCCCAACUCAUCACUCCUCAUCCACUUUGCACCUUUCCCUCUGAUCUGUGUAAAUAAUUCACCUGCAGCGGACGAGGUGAUGAUAGCGGCAUGAAGAGGACACGACACGCUGACGGUAAACCUGUGACGGACUGAUGCACGUCAGGAUCCACAGAUCCUGUGGUUCCGGUGAAAAACAUGUAAAAAAAAACAUAAAAAUAAAAAAAGACUGACCUCAAUACAAACUCUGAAACCUGAUGCAGGACGAAAGCACGAGCAUGUUUUAUCUCAGCCCUUGAAGAACACGAAGCGGAUCCUCAAAUCACUUUAACAAUAAGCGAGAUCCCCCGUCUCCCCCUAAACCUUCACCAGUUGCUCCAGGCUGACGGAUCUCCACUAAGGCUUUGACUUUGAUAGGCUGCCGUGUGAUCCUUCAUCCCACGCUGCAGCGUUUGGAAACUGAUACAUGUCAGCGUCAAAGACGGGUGCAGAAGACAUCCUAGCUUCCCUCAGCGUUCGAGAAAGUCAGCCAUAUGUAUAGUUUAAGAGUUACAGCUUCACCAACUGUUGAGGAUGACGUUAUGAGGGUCCACUUUAGAUCUCCUUGUACAAAGAACAUGAACCGAUACGUUUACCCACAGGACGAUUCUCACUGUAGUCUAAGAAAAUAUGGUAAGACGCAUGCUGACGGCAGUAGACAAACACACUGGUUAACCUCAUGACACGAGAUGAAGGAGCUCACCUGUGACGGGGUGAGUGAUUUUUGUUUGGUUUGGUUUUAAUACCCGUUUGCACCAAAAAUAAACAACUGAAUUUAAUGGAAAUUGCGGGUGUCGUGUAAACCUCCGACAUGCAACAGGGCUGGAAAGCCACAGAUCAUUUGCAACAGUGGCUAAGAGACACAUUGUAGACACAAACAUAAAAAAAUAUUCCUACUGAAGAUGGAUAGAGAAGCAGUGAAAAGAAAAAUUCUUACUGAAAUAAAUUAGGGCUGGGCGAUAUGGACCAAAAGUCAUAUCUCGAUAUUUUCUAGCUGAAUGGCGAUACUCGAUAUAUAUCGAUAUUUUUUCUGUGCCAUAAUUGGGGUUUGCUCCAAAACAUUAUAGCAUAGCAUCUCUGUUAGCUUCAUUUUUUUCUGAGGCAAACCCUUAAAAAAACAGUCAGUUUUAAUACAAAGCCUCGUGCCAAAUGUCACACAGGUACAUUUAUUAACAGAGGUCUGCACAAUAUCAAAAUGUAUAAAACAAAUGAAAUAAAAAUAAACUGCCUGCAUAUAUAGAAUAAAAAUGCUUCUUGAAUAAAAUAAAACAAAUAUCCCUUUCCUGCAUAACAAUUAAAUUUAAAUACACUGUGCAAUUAAUACAAUGUAGACAGUAACAGGCAGACUUUUCCACUGAGGUUGACAGUUGUGCAAAUAACAAAACAUUUGUGCAAAUCUCAAAUAAAACAUUCAAGUCAGUUUUUUUUUGUUUUUUUUAAAUAAUCGAUAUAAACGAUAUUGUCUCGUACCAUAUCGCGUUUGAAAAUAUAUCGAUAUAUAUUAAAAUCUCGAUAUAUCGCCCAGCCCUAAAAUAAAUACUACUCCCUGCGUCCAGACGUUUUAGUCCACGAGGGAGAAAGGAUGUCAUGGACCAGUAAAUUAGUCUUUUAUUUCCAGAAGCAUGAGCAGAACUUCAAAGUGGGCUGAAGCCCAAACAUAAUACUGCAGAACAAAAGAUUGUAAUCCACUCUUGACUUCCCAUCAACAGGGAAAUUAAAGCAGGUUCAAGAGAUCAGCGCUAAUAACUAAAACAGAAUAAUGCACCUACUCUCCCCACGAGGACAAAGGACCUGGAAUAGUGAGUUUCAGGAACACUUCUUGAACAAACCUGCUCUGUUUGAGUAUAAUUCAGCUCAUUUUGUAAGAAUAAAUGAAUCUUACUGGUCUGACAGGGCGUCAAAGAUAUUUAUCUCACACAUUCAUGUUUUCAGUUCUGACUCGGUGAAGGAAACCUGCUGAAAGCGUGACCCGUGUGAACCGGUUUCCACCGGUCUCAAACAGAAAUAGAUUACAUUCAGUCCGACUGGGUUUCUGUUGGAGCUCACAAACAUCAGCUUCAUCUUGCUCCAGCAGCCAGCCUGCAGCAGGUGAGCUGAUUCAUGGCCGCGUCACAGUGUGUCGACAGCGGGACGUCCACACCUGGAAGUAAUAGCUCCGUGUGGCUCAUUUAAAGCCGCCAGAGAGGAGAAAGCUGGAACUCCGACAUGCCACACACACUCGAUUAGUCGCCGGCGCAGGGAUUCAUCUGGAAAGCUAAGAAGAAACACAACUGCUAUGUUGAGUCCUCAAGAUUUGGUCAGCCAUAAGCCAUAUAAGUACAUUCUUUUUGUAGGUUUUUAACUAAACAAAUUACCUGGACAGUUGGAUUGUUUCAGUUUGUGUUAUAAAACUCAUUUUGAAACACUAAACCACACUAGAAAAAGGCUGAAAUAACGCCAGAAUAGUCACAGAUGGAGGUAUUUGGCAGUGUUGCUUUACAUCAGUGCAGAAAAUAAACAUUGUUCUGCAUUUAAAUUAAUUUAAAAGAAGAAAAGGAGAGGGCCAAGCUCCAAUAAAAGUGUGACUCUUUACGCUGUUCUGCAUGACGAUCAGAUGGUUCUGAAAUGUACAGAAUAGCCCUGAACGCUGGAAAUGACACUGUUUUUUCUCCCUUUAUGAAGCCAGAUGUGGAUGUGAAUGUUGCACGCAGUUGAUUUAAACCCUUCUGUUUACUGAGCAGGAACCACCCCCAACUUUACAAAACAAAUGGUAGUUUUCUGAUAUACAGCCUGAAGAGCCUGUUCAUUUCCAUCUGUGUAAAUGUUAAACACUUCUGAGUCACGACUUACCACUGACAAUUAUCUCUCUUAUUUUUCUCUUUUUUUAUUUUUAUUUUUUAAGAUUGUUUGUUUUGUUGCCUUUUGUAUGUCAUAAUCUGACAGCGACACCCAUGAUUUUUAAGUGCAAUAUAUUUAUUUUGCUCUCUGGAAAAAAUGUACUGUGCCACAUUUAAAAAGUUAUUUGUAAACCAUGAGAAAUAUAUAUAUAUAUCACCACCCAAA